GCCCUUCUCAACCUUUCCAUCGCCAGAUCGCAUAUACAAAAGCAGCGUGAAGUCCCCAAUUUCUGUGAUUCAAAGGGUGCACUCGGAGCGCUAUGCGAUUCUGUCGCAUUUUGACGUCACUGUUCCUGUCAAUUGUAGUUGACUGUGUGGUAUCGGCAGGUUCUGCCCACACAACGCCGGAUGGUGUUUGGUCGCCCGAUGUAGCCCUUCGAGGAGUUCAUCCAACCAAGCUCGGGUUAUACACAGCUACAAAAAGCACGCAAUCCUUUCAGUGCCUUGAUAGGUCCAAACGCAUUCCUUUCUCCGCUGUCAACGACGACUAUUGUGAUUGUCAGGACGGAUCUGAUGAGCCUGGAACGUCGGCCUGUAGUAAUGGCACUUUCCACUGCAAGAAUAAGGGGCAUAUUGGAGCAGAUAUUUUGAGUUCACGGGUGAAUGAUGGGGUUUGCGACCCGGAAUGUUGCGAUGGGUCAGAUGAAUAUUUGGGCCUAAUUAAUUGUCCAGACAAGUGUAAGGAAGUUGGGACGGCUUAUAAGAAGCACAUUGAGGAGCAGCGACGCAUCUUGGCCGAGGGAGAGAGGCUGGCUCGAGAAUAUGCUGCAUAUGGUGCUAAACAGCAGACAGACCGAACUACGCAAAUAGCUAAGCUGGAGACGCAGAUCUCGGUACUGGAUGGGCGAAUCAAGAAAUUAGCAGAGAUAAAGGCUGCGGCUGAGGCUUAUGAGGAGAAACGUAAAGCAAAGGGUCAGACCGUUGAAUCAGCUGAGCAGGAGGAAGAGUCAACCCGACUUAAGGGCAAAUGCUGCCCAACGCUCGAGAAGUGUAGGGAAAUGCUGGACGAACAAAUUGGUCAUAAUCUUCUGCUAGACGAAAGAAUCGAGUACCUGCAGGAGGGAGCAUGGAAUCUUGAUAGCGUAGAGGAGGCGACCAGGGAAGACGAUCAUGCCGUUAGUAAUGCUGUCGACGGGUGGGAAGGGUACAAACUGAUGUAUUACUUCUUCGACGAAGAAACUGUUGACGAAGAGCUAGACACUGCUGACGAGCAGCCAGCGAAUGAGAUGCCCAUUACAGGGAACGAUGAUGAACAGCAGCCAAAGCCGAAGCCGAAGCCGGACUGCUGCACGAGACUGAAGAAAUGCAAGCGGGAAGUUGAUGAUGAACAAGAGAAGCAUCUGCACCUCCAGGAUAGGCUGGAGGCACUGCUGAAAGUGUUCUACCAUCUUAAUGAUGUGAAGGUCAAAUCAAAACGAGAUGAUGAAGCGGUUGGGAGGGCUUAUGAGAAGUUCAACGAUUACAGGCUCAUGUUCCGGGGUGAGAAGAUACCUCCCAUGCCCGAUAUUGAAGAAUUGGAUGUGCGGAAAGAAGCUUCGGAAGUACCAAGAACCACGGAAGUACCAAGAACAAAAAAUGCGACAGAAGACUGUAAUCGUCCAGAUGCGCCGCUAGUUAGCUGCUUGCGGCAGAGACUACAAAGCUACAGCAAGUCCCUAUGGAAGCAAAUGUUGGCUUUGGUCCGAACCCCGACAGCAGCAGAGGAAGCCGCAAUGCUACGGGUCGAUCCUAUCAAAGCCAAAGCAAAAUUCAACUUGGCGGAAACCCAGCGUUUCGACCUCCAGGAAAAGCUCAAUCACUUAAAAAAGCUCAAAGAUGUAGACUUCGGACCAGCAGGCGUGUGGGAAAAGCUUUUUGAACAAUGCUUUGAGUAUGAUGCCGCAGAAUAUAAAUAUUACAUCUGUCUUUUGCAGAAGGCGGAACAAAAGCCUAAAAGUGGAACAGCCGGAACCAACCUCGGAACCUUCACGAGAUGGGGACGCCGCGAUGACAAGCUGACCACCGCGGCAAAUCGCUACAAAUAUAUGAUGUACGAGAACGGUGACCAGUGCUGGAAUGGGCCAGCGCGCUCUGUUGAGGUGGCUCUCGAGUGCGGUGCAGAUACGAAGGUUCUUUCGGUCGUCGAAAUGAGCAAGUGUGAAUAUACUGCGCGCCUGCGAUCUCCUGCAGCUUGCGACCUUGCAAUCCCAGAGCAAGAGAUUGAAAAAGAGGCGGCAUCGGCGGCUGCAACACAGUCGACCUCGUCCUCGAACAGAGAUGAACUUUGAAGUAUCACGACAGUAUAUCAUGUACAGUACAACUACCCAUGCUGAACAAGAAGGGGGGAACCCAACAGAUGCCAUUUUAGAAAUUCUGACACAUCACGACAAUCUAUCAUCUGUCCUUUAGUCUGUAGGACGUCUGUCACAGCUCUACUCAUAUCUGCCUUCAUAAUCCGAUGUAAAGGAC